AUAGUCGCAGUGAAAUGAGCAUCAGAUUUUGACUGUAGCCUGUUUUGUACUUGCACACAAAGAAACCUGAGCUCGACGCAACAUAACGACUGGAAAUUUUAAGCAUGAAUCUUAAUUUGUCUGUAAGCACAUGUUCAAAAGCGGCAGAGGUCAAGUUAAUCAUGAGAAAGCAAACACUGCAAUGUGUUUCACACACUAGCACCAACCAGGCGUUGCUAAACUUAUGUACGAGGGUCGUUUAAUAAGUAUGGUAAAAAUACAAGAGAUGGCGCUACAAUUUUGUUUUCUUCUAGGUGGCGCGCGAGAAGCACCCUUCAUAUGACGGCAGAACUUGUUUACGCUUGUACCGACAGUAAGUAAGCUUCUGACAGCCAUUGGCACUGAGCUGUGCGGUGAUUCCCGCCAAAAUGGAAAAAGGUGAAUUCAGAGCAGUGAUCAAACAUUUUUAUUUAAAACACUGGACGGCUGCCCAAAUUAAAGCCAAGUUGAGUGAAGUUCAUGGAGACUCUGCACCAUCACUGAAGACCAUUUACUACUGGAUAAAUGAAUUCAAACGUGGCCGAACUUCGACGCAAGAUGAAGCACGUCCUGGGCGUCCAGUGGAGGUCACCACGCCAGAAAUGGUGUUGAAAAUUCAUGGAAUUGUCAUGGAAGACCGCCGAGUGAAGGUACGUGAGAUAGCUGAUAUUGUUGGCAUCUCAGCAGAGAGAAUUCACAAUAUUCUUCAUGAGAAAUUGCAGAUGAAGAAGGUCUGUGCCCGUUGGGUGCCGCGACUGCUGACGAUCGACCAAAGGCGCAUGAGGGCAGACAUUUCGAAUCAGUGUUUAUCGAUGCUUGAUCGCAAUCGGCAGGACUUCUGGCGUCGAUUUGUGACAGUUGAUGAGACGUGGAUACAUCAUUACACUCCAGAGUCUAAACAGAAGUCAAAGCAAUGGACUGGGCCUGAUGAAGGUGCCCCAAAAAAGGCAAAGACUGUUUGUUCAGCUGGAAAGAUGAUGGCGACUGUCUUUUGGGAUUUACGAGGAAUAAUCUUUGUAGACUACUUACAAAAUAGCAAAACGAUAACUGGACCAUAUUAUGCAACACUCCUAGAUCAACUGAAAAAAGAAUUGCGCACGAAACGACCUGGGUUGGCACGGAAAAAACUCCUAUUUUACCAAGACAAUGCUCCGCCCCACAGAUCGCUUGUUGCAAUGGCCAAAUUGCACGAGUUAGGCUUCAAUGUUGUGCCUCAUCUGCCCUAUUCUCCGGAUUUGGCCCCCCAUGUGACUUCUUCCUCUUUCCAAACCUGAAGAAUUGGCUGGGUGGAAAAAAAUUUUCUUCAGAUGAAGAGGUUAUCUCAGUGAUAAAUGACUACUUCAAGGGCCUCGAGCCAUCCUUUUUUUCUGAGGGGAUAAAAAAAUUGGAGCACCGCUAGAAGAAGUGUGUGGAGUUGGAAGGGAACUAUGUUGAAAAAUAAAAUAUUGUUUUCUGCAAACAUGGUAUCUUUAUUUGCUUUUUACCACACUUAUCAAACGACCCUCGUACAUUAAAAAAAAGAAAAAGAAAAGAAACACCAGUCAUGUGCUAUCUACAAGUAUUGGGACAGUGGUAGCUGCAGAAAGCCUGCACAUGUUUUCUUUUUCCAACACUUAUAUGUUUCUCUGUGUGUACUUUUGAUUUACUGCAUCACUGUCGAGAGCAGUUAUGGUCUGGAAAGUACACGGUGAAUAGCACAACAUGGAGCACUGCUAGCAACUUCGCAAGUAUGAAUUAAGUGAAGCACAUGGUAUAUAGCAUCCAGAUGGCCUGUAGUGAUCGCCAAGCAAGAUAGUGUGCAGAAGUUGCCAACGCUUGUGCUUUUGUGUUUUUUGGUUGUUAUGUUUAUUUUGUUUGAGAUUGUGUCUUUAUGAGGCAUGUCCCCUUUGGUCUGCAUUUGCAUACUUCAAAUGCCUAAAGACCAAUGAAAAUUUGUCUCAUAUCCUUUCAGGAAACGACAUAGACAACGAUGACAACUACAAGUAGAGAAAAGGCUGCUCCUUUUGGUCAGCACCCAUAUAUGGCUGUGCAAAUGAAAGGUACUACUGUUUUGCAAGAGAGUGAAGAAGCACAUUCAAAACGUUGUUUCACUAUGGCAUCCUAAACAUGGUUAAGUUUGCACUGCAUUGAAUAAAUUUACUUUCAAUACAACAAUGCUUCGCUACACAGAGAUAAACAGUGCUACCUGCUAAUACUAGCGCUGUAUACUUCUAUGCAGUCAUUCACCAAUCGGUCCAAGUAUCUGCCAUACUAAACAAUGCCUCGAGCUUUUCAAUGAAGAGAACAAUUAAGAGUUUCUGCGUUGUUAUUAUUAUUAUUAUACAAUAUGUAGCCUGUCUGUGCUAAUGCAGAGAAAACGAGGCCAGAAUGUAGACAUAAUGUUAUUUUAAGAACAAGCAACAAAAAUUGCAUGCAUAUGGGAUUAAACAAAUAUUCCAAAUUCUUGAAUAGUAAGUAAAUAUCCCACUAUAUGGUUCACUCCCCAAAUAGCAAAUGUUUUUAAACGGAUGCUGAAUAGCUGCUCUUAGAAAAUUCAGAUAUCUUUCAUUUUAAAUAGUUAAUGAAUAAUUUGCACUAAUAUUUGGGGAUGAUUGACAGAUGAACCUUAUACAAAUAUGAAUUAAUUAAUUGCCAGUUUGGCAAGCCAGAAAUACAAGGCCAGCAAGAGUUAUUACAAAACUAUGCAAAAAGUUUGCAUUAUGUUUGGAAAAAAGCUAAUUAUUCAGAAGCUAAUCACUAUCUGAUCUGUAUUUGAUCUGGUUUCAAAAAUGAAUUCACAAGUCCCUAUGCUAUGUAGAUUUGAAGUUUUCCCCCUUGAAGUGUCUGCCCCAUAUUGCAUAAAUAUUUGAAAAAACAAAAACAGUUUUGUCAACAAUUUUUAUAAUUAUGUAUGAACAGGUGCCCUUGCAAACUGUGUCGGCAAAUACCUGAUCAAAAAAAAAAAAAUUGCUGGCUCUCCCAUAAUUGAGAGUAGAUGUAAGCAUGAAAUGGCUACCAUGUGGCAUCUUUUGCUGCCUGUGGUGCCGCCGCCUUCAACUGCUUUUCUUCUUCCAACAGGGCAGCACACUCAGCGUCUGUUGCUACUUUUUCUUCUUGUCACGGACCGCUCACGACUCGUGGACCGCUGGUGCUCAAAAGAGCACAGGCAACCCUUUCUCAGUGCCAAAAGAUGACACUCAAGUGUAUGGUGCCCUGUAUCUGCCUUUUGAAUGUCGCUAUUGGAAAUGACAAAUAAAACUUCAGCAUACUAGAAGUUACAGCUUGACUGAUAUUGUGAACAGGCAUAAGAAAGAAAUUGAAAGCAAUAUUUUUUGUAACUUGUUUGAGUAGUAACUAGCGUAUGUAAUGCGGUCCUGUACAAAGGGUUCGGGGCCAGAGACUGCAUUUUUUAAAUACUUGACUGGUUGCUCAGAUGAUCUCGUUUUGUUCUCGCAACGAUGCCCGGAUGCUCUCGUUUGAGUGCCUGGAUAACGGCUCUAUAUUUUGGCUCAAGGUCACUUGAAGGUCGCCGUCAAUGGGAGCUAAAAGCAUUUCAUGUUUAAAAUCCACAGGAAAAAAAAAAAACUCUUUGAGGGCU